AGAGAUGAAAAUCAAUCUUUUGAUUAAUUUCUCUAUACUAUGUAUUUACAUCAAAUUAUGCGCAGUAAACAUUUCUUUAUACCCCUAUCAACUCAACCCGCCAAAACGACCCAAUCGAAUUUCUGUCGAUGCGUCACAUAGUUUCCUCUCUCAGACAACAUUCUCUACUUCUCCAUCGCCGUCGCAAAUUCUCGGCAACCGCGCCGGCGAAACAGUCCAGAAACGAAGACCCAGAACCUCAAUCAGCUCCAAUUACUCUCCUAUACAACAAUCUCCUGAAAAUAUGUCUACAGGAAUGCAAGAACCUUCAGUCCCGCCGGGUGUUCGACGAAAUGCCCCAGAGAGCUGCACGUGCUGUGAAAGCUUGCAAAACCAUCCAUUUGCAGAGCCUGAAACUUGGGUUUGCUUCACAAGGACAUUUGGGGAAUUCCAUUGUGGAUUUAUACGCCAAAUGUGGAGACAUGGUUUCGGCUGAGAAAGCAUUUUUCUGGCUUGAGAACAAGGAUAGUAUUGCUUGGAAUUCAAUUAUAUUGAUGUAUUCGCGAAAUGGGUUGUUGGAGAAUGUUGUAGAAGCUUUUGGGUCGAUGUGGAAUUCUGGAGUGUGGCCGAAUCAGUUUAGUUAUGCUAUUGUUUUGUCUGCUUGUGCUAGGCUAGUGGAGGUUGAGAUUGGAAAACAAGUGCAUUGUAGUGUGGUGAAAACAGGGUUUGAGUUUGAUUCUUUCACUGAAGGUUCUCUUAUUGAUAUGUAUGCAAAAUGUGGUUAUUUGAUUGAUGCUCGGAGAAUCUUUGAUGGGGCGGUGGAGCCGGACAAUGUUUCUUGGACAGCAAUGAUUUCUGCUUAUAUUCAAGUAGGUCUACCUCAAAAAGCAAUGGAGGUGUUUGAGGAGAUGCAGGAACGAGGGUGUGUGCCGGAUCAAGUGGCAUCCGUGACCAUCAUAAAUGCAUGUGUGGGACUAGGUAGGCUUGAUGCUGCUCGUCAAUUGUUUACUCAGAUUACUAGUCCAAAUGUUGUGGCAUGGAAUGUGAUGAUUUCUGGUCAUGCCAAGGGAGGGAAAGAGGUGGAAGCUAUACAGUUUUUUCAAGACAUGAUUAAAGCUAGCAUUCGACCCACACGUUCUACCUUGGGAAGUGUUUUGAGUGCAGUUGCAAGCGUUGCAAAUUUAUCCUUUGGCUUGCAGGUCCAUGCUUUGGCAGUUAAACAGGGAUUAGAAUCCAACGUCUAUGUUGGGAGUUCUUUGAUUAAUAUGUAUGCCAAAUGUCAAAAGAUGGAAGCUGCAAGCGAAAUAUUUAAUAGCUUGGGAGAGAAAAAUGAGGUGUUGUGGAAUGCAUUGCUUGCAGGUUAUGCACAGAAUGGCAGUGCUUGUAAAGUUGUGAAGUUAUUCAGGAGUAUGAGACUAUCUAGUUUUGAAACUGAUGAGUAUACUUACACUAGCAUACUGAGUGCAUGUGCUUGUUUGGAAGAUGUGGAAAUGGGGCGGCAACUGCACUCAAUUAUCAUUAAGAAUAAAUUUGCAUCUAAUUUAUUUGUUGGAAAUGCAUUAAUAGACAUGUAUGCCAAAUGUGGGGCUCUAGGUGAUGCCAGGCGUCAGUUUGACAAAAUGCUAAUGAGAGACCAUAUUUCCUGGAAUGCAAUAAUAGUUGGCUAUGUACAGGACGAAGAAGAAGAAGAAGCUUUUAUCAUGUUCCACAAAAUGACAUUGGAAAGGAUUAUUCCUGAUGAGGCAUGUUUGGCUAGCGUACUCAGUGCCUGUGCCAAUAUUCACGAUCUUAAUAAAGGGAAACAAGUUCAUUCCUUGCUGGUUAAAUAUGGUCUAGAAAGUGGCCUUUUUGCUGGAAGCUCCCUUGUUGACAUGUAUUGCAAGUGUGGUAACAUUACUUCUGCCAGUGAGGUUUUCUUUUGCCUUCCUGAUCGAAGUGUGGUGUCUACUAAUGCUUUAAUUUCUGGCUAUGCUCAGACAAACAUUAAUUAUGCGGUGCGUUUAUUCCAGAAUAUGCUUGUUGAAGGACUAAGGCCUUCGGAAGUGACAUUUGCUAGCAUUCUAGAUGCAUGUAGUGACCAGGCUUACAUGCUUGGGAGGCAAUUGCACUCUUUCAUUUUAAAGCUUGGAUUUUCAUACGAUGAUGAAUUCUUGGCAAUCUCUUUGAUAGGCAUGUAUUAUAACUCCAGAAAAUUAGAAGACGCGAGCUUUCUCUUCUCAGAGUUUACCAAGCUAAAUAGCCCAGUUCUGUGGACUGCUAUGAUAUCCGGCAAUAUUCAAAAUGACUGCGGUGAGGAAGCUUUGAUUGGUUAUCAGAAAAUGCGCAAGUUUAAUGUCAUGCCAGAUCAGGCAACUUUUGCCAGUGCCUUAAAAGCGUGUUCGACCUUGGCUUCUAUGCAGGAUGGCAGGAAAAUUCACUCUCUCAUUUUCCAUACUGGUUUUGACAUGGAUGAAUUGACCAGUAGCUCCCUAAUAGAUAUGUAUGCUAAAUGUGGGGAUGUUAAAUGUUCAGUGCAAGUGUUUAGUGAAAUGGUCAGCAAGAAAGACAUUAUCUCAUGGAACUCUAUGAUAGUUGGCUUUGCAAAAAAUGGUUUUGCGGAAGAUGCACUGAAAGUCUUUGAAGAAAUGAAGAGGGAAUCUGUGAAGCCUGAUGAUAUCACAUUCCUUGGGGUUCUGACUGCUUGUAGCCAUGCAGGAAUGGUAUCUGAAGGUCGUCAAAUCUUCAAGGAUAUGACUAGCCUCUAUGAUGUUCGGCCACGUGCCGAUCACUGUGCCUGUAUGGUUGAUCUGCUUGGUCGUUGGGGAAAUCUCAAAGAGGCAGAGGAAUUUAUUGAAAGAUUAGAUUUUGAACUAGAUGCUAUGAUAUGGUCUGCUUACCUUGGUGCUUGCAAAUUACACGGGGAUGAUAUAAGGGGACAGAAGGCUGCUGAAAAGCUUAUUGAGUUGGAACCCCAAAAUUCCUCUUCAUACAUACUGCUAUCUAAUAUAUAUGCUGCAUCAGGCAAUUGGGGUGGAGUUAACUUCUUAAGGAAAGAAAUGAAAGAGAGAGGAGUGAGGAAGCCUCCUGGCUGCAGUUGGAUUAUAGUGGGGCAGAAAACAAAUAUGUUUGUUGCAGGGGAUAAAUUUCAUCCUUGUGCGGGUGAAAUUCAUGCACUUUUGAAAGAUUUGACUGCAUUAAUGAAAGAUGAAGGCUAUUUUGCUGAUAUAGGAUCUGUAAUGGAUGGUAGCGUGAACUAAGCAAACCCCAGACCUGCCUGGGACAAUACCGCAGUCCGAUAAUGUGAAGAAAUGAACCUCGACCCUAACUCAACCCCAACAACUAGCUAAUAAAGUGAGGCUUGCGUAAAAUCAUACAAGGAGACAAAUAAUCCCGUCUCUCACUGAUAUGGGACUCUUAACAUCCCACGCCCAAGACGGAAUAUUUGGAGCAUGGACUAUAUAACAUGGAACCCUAACAUUGACCGAUAAACCAAGAUUUGAAUGGGUUUGGCGUAUCAUGUGAAGAAAUGGACCUUAGGCCUAAUUCGACUUCAAAAUAUUCUGGUAAGGUGAGUAUUUUCCAGGACUGCAUAGAAAGGGAAUCAUCCCAUCCACAGAGAUGUGGGACUCUUAACUGAUGAAGUUUGUUAAGAGUUGAGGCCACAGUAGUCAUGUGCUUGUUUGUAUGAGAUUAUGCAAUGAUCAUGUCCUUAAUGACUUGCAAGUUUGUCACAUUUCUUGUGUGGAAAACAGCUUGGAAAAAUAGAUUCUUAUUGGCGUUUGGUUAAUUUACUGGAUCAACUCAGUCCUUUGCUUUAUGUUUUGUUGUGAAUUGGCUUAUGUAAUAUCUGCUGCUUUCUUAAAAUAAGAAAUUGGUGUGACAGAAUUUCUGUUAUAAAGAUUUGUUUUUUUAAUAGGAGAGCAUUUGAAUGAGCCUAAUUUGAAGUGUUUUAGAGAAAAAGAGGCUAAAGUUCGAAUUUUUUUGAGGUUUAGUGAGAUGGGCGUGUGGUGGUUUUGUGGAUUGGUCAUUUUGGGUUUGGUAGUUGGAGGAAAAGGGUAUACAGAGGAGGAUUUAGUGAAGGCAUUGCCUGGACAACCUAAGGUUGGUUUUAGGCAAUAUGCAGGGUAUGUGGAUGUAAAUGUGAAAGCUGGGAGGAGUUUGUUUUACUACUUUGUUGAAGCUGAGGUGAAACCUGAUGAUAAAACUCUAACUCUUUGGCUCAAUGGAGGACCAGGUUGCUCAUCAAUUGGUGGAGGUGAUUUUACAUAGUUGGAACCAUUCUUUCCCACAGGUAACGGUCGAGGUCUUCGAAGAAAUUCAAAAUCAUGGAAUAAAGCAUUAAAUCUCCUCUUUGUUGAAUCUCCAGCUGGAGUAGGCUGGUCAUACUCUGAUACAAGUUCAGACUACACCACUGGUGAUGCAAAACUGCAAUGGAUAUGCAUAUAUUCAUGAUGGAAUGGGUGAAGAAAUUCCCAGCGUUCAAAUCAAGGGAACUAUAUGGCACAGGAGAGAGUUAUGCAGACAUCAAAGAGUUGGUUAUGCUGGACAAAUGAUUGAUUGGAUCAUGCCAAUCAGUAUUAACGCUUGGCUAUGGAAUGAUCAGCAAGCUUCUCACUUCCCUACUCAAAAAGGGUAUUUUUGAGUGGUCAGAUGCCGCAACUAUCAUUGCCUUUGAGACCUUGAAGGAUGCCAUUCAUGGUGGAGGUAGAUGCUAUGGUACUGGGGCUAUCCGUUUGCAGGAUUAGUGAGUGCAAAACACACUAUAAAUUAUAUGAUUCGCUAGUCAAAGAUAUUAUAGUUUAAGAUCAUCUCGAUCCAUAGGGAUUGGUUUUAGUAAUAUAUAAUUAUGAUCUUGUUCAUUGUUAUGAUAUCCAGAAAAUCAAACUUGAA